UAGUAGAGUUUAAAUACCGCUGUGCUGGAAGGAGAGGAAACAAUUCACUUUUUGCAAUGCAGGCUGCAGUGGUGAGGGGCUGCUUGGUGCUCAGUGUCUGGCUGAUCUCUGCUGCCCAGGCAGGAACACGUUUCCAAGAUGUGUCAGAGUUCAGAAGGACUGGCCAUGAAAAUAACCUUUUACAUGGUUGGUCACUGGCCAACAGCUCUUGGGAUGACAAUCUUUAUCCUGCCUGGAAAUCUGGUGAUCCUAGAUGGGAAAACUGUUGGCGAGGUGGCAAAGUAGUGGCACAUUUGACCAGUGACAGUCCUGCACUGAUAGGGUCAAAUGUUACAUUUUCUGCGGCUCUGCAGUUUCCCAGAUGUCAAAAGGAGAAUGAAGAUGGGGAUAUAGUCCAUCAACGAGGCUGUGCUAAUGUUUCCUCCAGUGAUCAGUAUGUGUAUAAUUGGACCAAAUGGGUACAGUUCUGUAAUGAAGGAAACUGCAGUUUUUCUAACCAGUUUCCAGAUGGAAGACCAUUUCCUCACCACCAUGACUGGAGACACCAUAACUUCAUCUACAUCUUUCAAACACUGGGCCAGUACUAUCAGACUACUGGAAGAUCUUCAGCUGUUCUCUCAAUAAAUACUACAAACAUCACAGAUGGUGCAUAUAUGAUUGAGGUGACUGUUUUUAGGAGAGGCAAUCAAAGGCAUUACCCUGUUGCUAAAGCAAGUGACCUGUACAUUGUAACAGAUCAAAUUCCUUUCUAUGUGAACAUUUCACAGAAAAAUGACAAGAAUUCCUCUGACCACAUCUAUAUCAAAGAUUCUCCAAUUUCAUUUGAUGUUAAAAUCCAUGAUCCGAGCCACUACCUCAACAAAUCUAUCCUGUCUUUUAACUGGACCUAUGGUGAUGGCAAUGGCUCCUUUGUGUCCAAUAACCCAGUCUCCACUCAUACUUACACCUUGCUUGGAAACUUCAGUCUGAACCUAACCAUCAAAGCUGCCAUUCCAGGACCCUGUAAACAAGCUACACCUCUUCCUACAACGAGAGCACAAACUACGCAGAUGCCAACAACUACCACACCCCAUACUACAAACACAACCAGUAACAGCACAGAAGUGCCACCCUUCAUAACUGAGACCUUUCCACUAACUACAGAACAACAGAAUGCUACUACCCAUGAUAUCCCCACUACCCAUUCAACUAUCCCGACAACUACCUCUGUACCUGGGUGCUUUAUCUACAGAUAUGGCUACUACAAUGCAAGCAUUACAAUUGCAGAUGGCAUCCUUGGUAUGAGUAUUAUUGAAAUGAACACUAUCCAAAUGCCCUCUCAGGCUGAAAAUUCUGUAAUUGAUUUUGUGGUGUCCUGUGAAGGCAGUAUGCCUACAGAUGCCUGCACAAUUGUUUCAGAUGCUUCUUGCAUGAUUCCUCAGGAUGUGGUUUGUGAUCAGAUUCCAGCUUCAGACCAGUGCCUCUUGACCCUACGAAGAACAUUUGCAGAACCAGGAUCCUACUGUGUCAAUAUUACCCUAAGUGAUGAUGCAAGUCUGGCUCUUGCCAGUACCCUGGUCUAUGUAGAUGCAGGAUCUGGAACAAAAACGACCUAUGUAGUCCUGGCUAUAUUUGGAUUGGUGGUCCUUCUUGCAACAGUGGCUGGUGUUCUUCUGUACAGGAAAUACAAGGAGUACAAGCCCAUCGGGAAUUCAACAGAUGGAAGUGGUGGCAGUCAGAUCAGUGUGUACUUCAGACAAGUCAAAGAUGCCUUGCUUCAUGGAAACCACAAUGAGUAUGAUCCACUGCUGAAAAACAAAUCUGGAAUAAUCUAGUAACUUGCUGCAAUGCCCUUGCACUGUAUAAACUUGCAUCGUUUCAGAUAUUUGCUACUGACUAUAAUGGUCUGUUACAGGGGGUAAAAUCAAAUAAAAAGCUCCCUUCUUUAAAAUGGUGUAUCAUA